AUCAAGUCUUCCUAUUUCUUUAUUUGAAUAAAACACAUAAACUUAUAACGAUCGUUUUUAUUUUUAGGCCAAACUUGAAACAAAGGCUCUGAAGGCAAAAAGGCCAGGUUUUACCGAUGAAAGAUAUCAUGAAACUUCUUAUUAUAUUGAAAACGGUUUACGGAAAGUUUAUCCCUAUUAUUUUACCUUUACAACAUUUACAAAGGGCCGCUGGGUCGGAGAGAAAAUUCUAGAUGUAUUUUCGCGAGAGUUUAGAGCCCAUCCUGCAGAAGAGUACGAGCGCUGCAUUAAAUCUGGCACUUUAACUGUAAACUAUGAGAAAGUGCCAAUUGAUUACAAGCUUAAACAUAAUGAUUUAUUGGCGAAUAUUGUUCAUAGACAUGAAGUGCCCGUAACAAGCGAACCCAUUACAAUUGUUCACAUGGACGAUGAUAUUGUUGUUGUGAAUAAGCCCGCAUCAAUACCAGUGCAUCCUUGCGGAAGGUACCGUCAUAACACAGUUGUUUUCAUUUUGGCCAAGGAAUUUAAUCUUAAAAACCUACGAACUAUACACCGCCUAGAUCGUUUAACUUCGGGACUUUUAUUAUUUGGCAGGAGUCCAAAAAAGGCACGACUAUUAGAACACCAAAUUCGCAACAGACAAGUACAAAAGGAAUAUAUAUGCAGAGUAGAAGGAAACUUUCCAGAAGGUAUAAUCGAAUGCAACGAGCCCAUUGAAGUGGUUAGUUAUAAAAUUGGCGUCUGCAAGGUGUCACCAAAAGGAAAGGAAUGUAAAACAACAUUUCAAAAAUUAUCAUACGAUGGCAAAUCCAGUGUAGUGUUAUGUAAACCAUUAACUGGUCGUAUGCAUCAAAUUCGUGUCCAUUUACAGUAUCUAGGUUAUCCAGUUGCGAAUGAUCCCUUAUACAACCAUGAAGUAUUUGGCCCACUUAAGGGUCGUGGUGGUGAUAUCGGUGGCAAAACCGAUGAAGAAUUAGUACGUGAUUUAAUAAAUAUUCAUAAUGCUGAAAAUUGGUUGGGAAUCGAUGGUGAUUCGGAACUGUCAUUCUUUAAGCCACAUAAAGGUGACUGUGAGGUAGACUCGUUGCCUGUUGGUAAUCAUCCAUUAUGUGAGGAGGAUAACGAUGUCAUGUCACGUGAAACUUCCCCAAUAUACUCGAAUAGUCCGAGCAUCGUGGACAUGAAUCCCGAAAAUGCCACAAACUGUUGUAAUGCAGUCGACAAUUUAACAAAUAAAUUAGGAGAUAUGCAACAAUCUUCCGAUCAACCCGAAAAUGAAGUGCAUUUAUCAAUGAACCAUGUGAAGGUUACUGUUGCAACUCAAACUGAUCACGAAUCGCCCGAUACGACCUUUAACGCCGAAAAAGUUACCUUGGACAAGCAUUGUUACGAAUGUAAAGUGCGCUACAGAGAUCCUAAGCCAAAAGAUCUGAUAAUGUAUCUCCACGCUUGGAAAUAUAAGGGCCCUGGAUGGGAGUAUGAAACCAAAUUGCCUGCAUGGGGAGCAUCAGAUUGGAAAGAGAUAAACUAGGCGGAUACAUAAAAUAAAACAUCUACAAAUUAAAACAUUUGUUUUUUAAUUCAUUACUUAUAUUACAAUUUAUAUUGUAUGAUAAAUAUCAAAACCCUAUACAAAUUUAAAUAAAUUCUGCAAAACAAGCAAAAAAUUAUAAA